GCCUCGCCACUCACAACAUUGCCCCUGAUUGGUUAGGCCUGCUUCCCCAGAUUUAGCUCAUAUAGCUGCAUGUCUUGGGAGUAGUACAAACACACUUGUACCUCAACUACAUCUCCAUCACAUCUCCAGGCAUUUCCAAAUCCUUGAGUCCGUCUCUACGCACAAAAUGUCUGCAUCUACACCAGUGAGUAUAUUCCUUGAAGUCUCACCGUAGCCUCAAACUGACAAGUCCAUAGCCGAUUUCCUUCACGCGGCUGAAGCAGAUUGCCAAUGAUGUAUGCUGCCUUUCCACCGCCUGCGCUCGACUGAACUGACAACUUCCAGGCAUGCAACAGUGCUCUUGGAAGUGCCGAAUACUAUGAGCAUGCAAAGACAGAAACCUGGAAUACGACAAUCAUAGUUUGUUGCCCUUGACGGUUGCGCCCUUCCAAAUCCAAGCCAAUCGACUAACAGAAUUGUAACAAUAGAACUCCAUCCUCCGCUCACUGAUUUCCGAGUCAUCUCCUUCUGGUGGCAGCCCAUCCUUCAAAUACGCCGUCAACAGCACAAUCAUCCAACACCUAGUCCCAACCUCUGCUCUGAACAAGGCCAAGGCAUCUCAAGAAUCCGCAGCACCAAAGCAAGAAGAAGAAGCAAAGAUCUCGACGAGCGACGUCAAGACAGAGGCUACGGGAACCGAUGGCAAGCCACACUUUGGACGAAGAGGAAUGCACAGCGCAACCGGAGCAUACUGGAACGAGAAGACCGACGGGAUGUGGAGCUUCAAGUACGAGGGAGGAGAGAGUAAGGGGUUGGAUGUUGUUGUCAGUGUGAUUUGGAUCUCCAUAUAA